GUAAAAAAACCUGCCAUGCCCGGGGCAGUAUUUCCCAAACCGGCAUCAUGAUACCCGCCGGGGCCCUCUUGGCCGGCGGGCUGCCCUAUCUACAGUGGAGUUUUGUCGCUCCCUGCCUAUUCCAUCGUACAAUAGCAGCGUAACGCUGUGUAAAUAGUAUAAGCGAAAAUCUGGGGUAGAGUAGCUGAGUAGAUAGUGUGCGAGUACCGUUAUCGCUGAGGAGUUGUCAAAGUUAAUUUAUUGUUCGCUAUCAUGGUAAGAGAUCAUCCGGUAGAUAAGACUAGACUGGUAGAUAUUUAAGUAUAGCUGUCUGCCCCUUCGCAAGUAUGGAGUUUUGAGUCAAGCGAGUUUAGUUCCGCAGACCUGAGUAGACAUUGCCCAUCAUGUUCUUCAACUGGGACAAAUUCCUCUCGCCAAAGCCGUCUCUAGACGUCCCUGCUCUAGAGACGGUUGAUCUCAACGACAAAGAGAUGGAGAAGAGGAUCGUACGAAAACAAGAUCUUCGAAUCAUGCCUUGGGUCUGCAUAACAUAUCUCCUCAACUACCUCGAUCGUGUCAACCUCGGAAACGCAAAGACUCUCAACAAUGACUCCCCAGAGCACAACAUCGUCUCCCAACUCAACCUCACCGGCCAGAAAUACAACAUCGCCGUCGCUCUAUUCUUCGUCCCCUACGUCCUCAUGGAAUUCCCCAGCAACAUUCUCCUCAAGUACUUUUCGCCUAGUAAAUGGAUUUCUCGAAUCAUGGUGUCUUGGGGUAUUGUCACCAUCUGCACUGCUGCUGUCACGACAUAUGGUGGAUUGUUGGCUGUGAGAAUCAUGCUUGGUUUGGCUGAGGCUGGUUUCUUCCCUGGUAUCAUGAUGUAUCUCUGCUUUUGGUACAAGCCUGAGGAGAGAGCUACGCGAAUGGCUAUCUUUGCUUCGAGUGUUGCUGUUGCGGGUGCUUUUGGUGGAAUUCUUGCGACGGGUAUUUCGUUCCUUAACGGAAAGGCUGGUCUGGCUGGAUGGCAAUGGCUCUUUGUCCUUGAGGGUAUUCCCGCUGUCAUUGUUGGAGUCUUGGUGUGGUUCUUUCUCCCUGACUACCCCCAAACCGUCUCCUGGCUCUCCCCCGAAGAACGCGCCUUCGCCGUCAAGCGUCUCGGCCCUUACGCCCCCUCCAUGAACGACAAGCACUGGGACAGCAAAGUCGCCAAGGACACCGUCUCUGACCCUUUCUUCUGGCUCUUCGCCAUCGCCUACUUCUUCAUGGCCAACUCCCUCAACGCCUUUGGAUACUUUGCCCCCUCUAUCGUCUCAUCGCUCGGCUUCAAGGGCUACAAGGCUCAGCUCCUGACCGUCCCUCCUAACGUCUUUGCUGUCUUCAUCAUUGUGGGCAAUUGUCUGCAUAGUGAUAAGACCAAGGAGCGCUCGAAGCAUGUCAUGGGUGGUUUGGCGUUUGUUGCGACGGGUUAUUUGCUCCUUGCUGUUGUUAAGCAUUGGGGGGCGAGAUAUUUUGCUGUUUGUAUUAUUGCUUGUACCAACGCCGCUGUUCUUCCCUUCGUUGCUCACCGAACUGCCACCGUCCGAGGCUCAACUGCCACUGCGCUCGCAACAGGAGGAAUGAUCGCCAUCUCCAACACAGGCGGUAUCACAGCACCUUUCCUCUUCCCCUCCAGCACAGGACCCAUGUACUCUAUGGGUAACUGGACUGUUUUCGCAUUCCUCAUCGCUGCUGCUUGCAUCACUGGCUACGUGUGGUAUGUGUUUGGUGCUCACAGUGGUUACCGAACUGGUGAUGCUACCGAGACUGGACACUUUGAGGUUCUGGAUGUUGGUGACAAGGAUCCCAACCAGGUCAUGGACCAGGCUAUGGAGAAUGAAAAGGCCAAGGAUAAGGUCAAGGCUAUGGAUAUGGCUUAAAUGUUUGGGAUACUUUACCUAAAAGUUAUGAUUGACGUACGAAAUACCUGGUUAUAAAAUAUCUACAUGGGUUUAUUUUUCUGAACUAAAGUUCUGUGCAAAAUGUAGUAUGAUUCAGCCAAAGCCAAACUUAUUCUACUCCCUGCGAAGGAGACAAUAAGCUGACAGCUCAUUUAUUUAAGGCUUUGAAGAUAUUAGGAUGGACUGAGGAGAAUUUCUAUAAAAUCUUCUAAAUUUAUGUUAAUUUGCCUGUAUUAUGACCAAUAUUUGAACAUUUUAUACUCGAUUCGAUG